ACUUAGCCGACUCCGUGAGCGAUGAGAGUUCCUUCACCUCGCUGCCACAUUCUCGUUCCCCGUGAAGAAUAAAACCCCCAGUUGGGACUCGCAGCCACCUUUUGGUCUGUUGUGUUGUCUCCCAGUAUCGGAUCCAGCCUCAGCCAUGGCCGUGCUCAGAGUGUCUUCUUACCGCAAGCUGUUCGAGGAGGAAAGCUGGAGUCGAAAUGGAGGGUUGAGUUCCUCCAUCAGGGGUGCGGCUGUUGACAAGUGCGACUGUGACAAGUUGGACUUCGUCGCUGCCAAGGAGCUGAACAAGGAGGGUCUGACCCGGUUUGUCCAGGACCGCAACGUCAUCGCUGCCCUCAACGACCGCCUGGUCCGGCUGAUUGAACUGGCUCAUUGUUUCGAGGAGGAGAACGAGUCUCUGGAAUGGCAGAUUGCCGAACUGGAGGAGAAGCUGAAGGGUCGUCAGGCCUCCUCCUCCUCCGGCAUCACCUCCGCCGUGCUGGUGCCCGACUACAGCCUGGACGCGGUGGUGGAAAGACUGCGCAGGGAGAAGGAUGAGAUUCUGUGCCACACCGAGGAGCUGCAGAAGGAGCUGGAGCGUCUGAUGCAGGAGUACGAGGCGGCGGCGCAGCAGAGGAUCUUCUUACAGCAGGAGCGACACGACGUUGCAGAGGAAGUGGACGCCGUGACAGCAGGAUGUUUGGCACUGAGGGAGCAAGUGGCUAUCUACGAGGAGCAGCUGGCCAACAUGGAGGCCCAGCACAAGACGGAGGUGGAGACUCUGCUGGAUCCAGCUGAAGGGGCUGCAGGGGCGGUGGCAGCCAUUAGAUUUGGCAGCCCCGACAUCACUCCGGCCUUGGAUGUAAAGGAGUACUACUGCCAGCUGGCCGAGAGCCUCCAGUACGAUCGCGGUGCAGCGUCGUCUGCUCAGGUUCGCAGCGGUGAUGGAAAACAACUGGAAGUGGGCGGAGCUGCAGGGUCGACAGUCAGAGACCUGUCAGAGAUGAAGGACCCCAGUGAGAUGAAGGCGCUGAUUUCAGAGCUGCGGAAGGAGCUCGCUGAGCUGGAGAAGUGUAACGAGGAGCUGGAGGACGAGGUCGACGUGAAGACGGCUGCGUACAUGGACGAGAUCGCUGAGCUGGAGUGUACCAUAGAUGAAAUGCGGCACCAGGACGCCGACUUCCAAGUGCAGAUGCAGGAGCAGGUUGAAGACUACAAGCAGCUGCUGAGUGAGAAGAUGGCCAGAGACAUGGAGAUCACUGCCUACAGAUGUCAUGUGCAGCACGAGGGAGGACGAGGAGACGCUGGGACAACGUGGUCCGACUGAACCAGCGGUCCGGGACAGGGAUGGACAGCCACGUCUGCUGGAGGACGUGUUUUCAUUCCAACAAAAACACUGCACCCGCCGGUUCCACUGAUUAGUUUGUCUUCUCCUGUUUAAGGUGUUUGAGUCGUAAAAAAAAAAAAAAAAUUUAAAAAAAUCAACCGCCUUAGUUUCUGAUUGCAAUUAAAAUGUGCAGCCUUCCCCCGACAUGUCUCGUAGACUCCCAUCCCUGCGGCGGGGGGUCAAAUGAAAACAGACGUCCCCCCGCGGCGCUCGAUAGGCAUUAUUCAAACCUGUCGAGGAGAGUGAACCGCACAUAAUGAUCCGGAGAUGAUUUCAUUUGAUUUUAAAUUAACUCGAUUCUCUGUUUGCCGUUGACAUUCUUUACAUUAUGUAUGAGCAAAAGCAAAGCAGGCGAGAGAAACACAGGUGGAAACGUGACGUGUCCACUGUCGCAGUUUUUUCCUCAACAACAACAAUGAGAAGUUUCUGUUUAUGCAUCAGGGUGAAUAAUACGAGGAGUAUUUCCAGUUUUGUCCAAGCAUGUCGUACGGUGUCACCCGGACAUCCGCUUUGUCAGUGAUAAGUUAUUUCUUGACAUGUCGGGCCGGCUGAGGUCACAGGAAGCAGCUCCUGACGAUGACGCAGCUUCCUGUGUGUGACCUUGAAGAUGUUUGGUGUCGUCCCGUCCGUCCGCUGAGGUUGUUUAACCAUCUGCCGUCCUGCUACGUGGACCGACGCACUUCAGUCCAUCUCAUCCUGCUUGCCACGGACUUCCUCCCCCGUUCCUCCAUCGCACCGCUCCGGCUGCAUCUGACCCCCAGGGGGCCCUGCUGCAGACCUGAGCUCAGACCCUCACAAUGCCUCAUUAGAAUGGGCAAAGAGGACCUCACACUGUCAGCGCUGUGUGCUGGGCCUCUGCCAGCUCUCGUCCAUGCCAGCCUGUUAAUGUCAGCCCUCCCCUCACACACAUUUGCAAAUUCGCCACAG